CGGCGGCGGCUGCUACUGCUGCCGCCGCGGAGGCAGACAGACCGGGCGCUGCCGCCGCCGCCCUCCCCCGGCUCCAUGCCGCCGCCGCCGCCUCCUCUUCCUCCUCCUCUCCGGCGAGGGGCGGGGGGCUCCGGCCCGGGCUGGGCACCGCUCCUGGCAGCGCCGCUCCCCUCCCUGCCCUCAGCCCGGGCGCCGGAGCCGGCGAGGGCACCCGCUGCCUCCUAGGAGCGCACGCUCGUCCGCGCGCCCUGCCGGAGCGAGGGGGCGGGCGUGGGCGGGCGGCGGGGCAGCCACGACCCGGCGCGGCUACAAGAGGAGGGGUCUUCCCUGGAGGAUGCCCGGCGGCGGCGGCCGCUCCUCACUCCUAAGCGCGAGCUGAGGCGGACCGGGAGCGAGCAGCGCGUCGCCAUGCCAGCGUGACGGGCGCCCCCCGGCUGCCCGCGCGGGCCCCCGCGCUGCCCCACGCCGCGCCGCGCCGGCGCCGGGGAGCAGGAUGGGCUGUAUCCAAAGCAUCACCUGCAAGGCGCGGAUCCGGCGCGAGAAUAUCGUGGUGUACGAUGUGUGCGCCACCAUCGACCAGUGCCCCACGCGCAUCGAGGAGACCUCGCCCAUCGUCCUGCGCUACAAGACCCCCUACUUCAAAGCCUCUGCCCGCGUGGUCAUGCCCCCCAUCCCCCGCCACGAGACCUGGGUGGUGGGCUGGAUCCAGGCGUGCAACCAGAUGGAGUUCUUCAACACCUACAGCGACCUGGGCAUGUCAAGCUGGGAACUGCCUGACUUGAGGGAAGGGAGAGUAAAAGCCAUCAGUGACUCAGAUGGGGUGAGCUACCCUUGGUAUGGAAACACCACUGAAACUGUGACCCUGGUUGGCCCUACCAACAAGAUCUCCAGGUUCUCCGUCAGCAUGAAUGACAACUUCUACCCCAGUGUGACAUGGGCUGUACCAGUGAGUGACAGCAACGUACCACUGCUCACAAGAAUCAAGAGGGACCAAAGUUUCACUACCUGGUUGGUAGCCAUGAACACCACCACGAAGGAGAAGAUUAUUCUACAGACCAUCAAGUGGAGGAUGAGAGUAGACAUUGAGGUGGACCCUCUUCAGUUAUUGGGGCAACGGGCCCGGCUGGUGGGCAGGACUCAGCAGGAGCAGCCUCGGAUUCUGAGCCGGAUGGAGCCCAUUCCCCCUAAUGCACUAGUGAAACCCAAUGCCAACGAUGCCCAGGUCCUCAUGUGGAGGCCCAAGCGAGGACCACCUCUGGUUGUGAUACCUCCUAAGUAGAAGCAGACUGGCCAGCUGUGUGUGGAGCACAUGCCACUGAGACAUGCAGCGAGGGUGCCAGGGGUGGCAAGAGCCAAACUGAGUUUCUGAGCCAAAGCAGACCUCUUGGUUUGCCAGCCUUUGCAGCUACUUAUGAAAAGUAGAGCUGCUCCUUGGGCGGUAGAACCAUAAUCCUUAGGAAAAGCCCCUUCCUUUUAGGAAUAAAGAAAUCACUGAUUUGACAGACUUGCUGUGAUGACCAUGCAAGUAGCCAUAUUUUGGAGCUGACAAGGAUAAUUCUUUUAUUUGAACUAUUGACCAUUUCUUUCCUGUGAGACCAGGGGAUGGAAAUGAAACUAUACAGUGCCUGUGGCAAAUGCUGCUUCCCAACCAAUUGGAAGUGGGAGUGAAAACAUCCAUACCAGGUGUUCAUAAGACAGUCCCUUGUCUAAUUAGAGGGUGCUGGGAAAAUGGGUAGAAUGGAAGCCCAGAGAUAAAAGAUAAUGGGUGAUGGGGAGAGGAAAGAUUCAUCAUCGGAUUUUCAGCACACUUACAGGGAUGAAAGGACCACUUAGAGAACAGGGGAGGGGGGCGGGGCGCAAGGGGAAGGAAACAAAAGCAAAACACACCUUUGGGGAGCUGUCCAAGGUUCUGAUGUAACUGGUGGAGACUUCCUGGUUCCAUUUACCCACUUCCCCC